UUCAGAAAGCAGAUAAAUACACCUGUGAUAAAAAACAAAUAAUAUGUUGAACUCAACACCGCUCAUAAAAGAAAACGUAGGUGAAGUGCUUACAUCAGAGACAGUAGGUUUUUCUCGUAUCCCUGAACAGGCACGCAAAAUGUCGGUGGAAAAGGGAUUUAGCCUGAACAUUCUGGUGCUGGGACGCAGAGGCAGUGGUACACGCACACUGAUAAACAACCUGUUUCUGUCUCCGAUAUUGAGCAAUGAUAGACCAAAUGCGCUGACGACAACGUGUGCACAGGUCACAGAAAAUGGCGUGUGCCUAAAUGUGAGAAUAUCAACAUGCCAUGAACUGGAUGAGGAUAACAUGAUAAAAUUUAUCAAGAGUACAAACUUCAACUACUUUGAGGCACAAGAAGGAUUAAUGGAGGACACAGGCGACUUAAGGGUGCAUGUAUGCCUGUUCGUGCUCCCUACCGAUACGCUACUGCCCGACGAGCUGAGGUUGAUGGGUAACAUCGGCCAAUACACCAAUCUAAUACCUGUGAUUGGCAAGGCUGACGCGUACAUGCAAGAUGAACUGGUUGAACGGAAGGCUAGGAUCAUGGAACAGCUGAACGAAAAUGAUGUGAAAAUGUUCAUGCCAGAGGAACUGGAUGGAGAGAAUAACACAGCCACACUGCCAAUGGCUGUGACGGCCAGUGAAAGCCUAUUCAAAAUCAACGGACAAACAAAACGUGGAAGGCUGUACAAGUGGGGCUUCGUUGAUGUGAACGAUACGACCUGUAACGAUUUUCUUUACCUCAGAAAGAUGUUGAUAGGAACCCAUCUUGAGGAGAUCAAGAGAAGCUUUGAAACGAAGUUUUACGAGGAGUUUAGAAUAGAGCAGCUGAGGAUUGAAGAAAAGAAAUUGAUGAUCAUGAAAUACAGGGGCGAGAAGUUGUUGGAAGCGUUUGAGGAAUGGAAGAAUUCCAACGGUAAAUGCGACAAACUAACCGUGGUCAAAACACCUGAUAACGAAAAUAUCAAGGAAAUUACAAUACAUGAUGAAUAAAAAGUUCCUAUACGUCAA